GAAGUUAGGGUUAGAGGCAACCGGUGAGGCUAGAACCCUGAUCGUGGUCGGUUGGCGCCAAAAUGUCUGUCCGGAGGCACAUUGGGAAUCCUGAGUAUCUGACCAAAAGGAUACCACAAAACCCAAAGUAUCAGCAUGUCAAGUCAAGACUGGACACUGGUAACAGUAUGACUAAAUACAUUGAGAAGCUAGAAGAGAUCAAAAAAAAUUACAGAUACAAAAAAGAUGAGCUUUUCAAGAGACUAAAAGUUACCACCUUUGCCCAGCUGGUCAUCCAGGUUGCUUCCUUGUCAGAUCAAACACUGGAAGUGACAGCUGAGGAGAUUCAAAGACUGGAAGACAAUGAUUCUGCGACUUCAGACCCUGAUGCCGAAGUUGCUGCCAGGACCAAUGGGAAGGGGAGCCCCGAUGAGCAGCCGCCGAGCCCUGUCCAGUUCAUAAAUAGCGUGGGAGCGGGGGACUCCAGUCGCUCGACACUCCAGAGCGUCAUCAGUGGUGUUGGAGAACUGGAUCUAGACAAAGGGCUGGCGAAGAAAGCGGAGCCCAACAGCAGAGACAAGCCGUACCCCGACUGCCCCUUCCUGCUGCUCGAUGUGCGCGAUAGAGACUCUUACCAGCAAUGCCACAUUGUUGGAGCUUACAGUUACCCAAUUGCAACUCUGUCUAGAACAAUGAACCCUUAUUCAAAUGACAUUCUUGAAUAUAAAAAUGCUCACGGCAAGAUCAUCAUUCUGUAUGACGACGACGAGAGGCUGGCCAGCCAGGCGGCCACCACCAUGUGCGAGCGGGGAUUUGAAAACCUCUUCAUGCUUUCCGGAGGUCUCAAAGUCUUAGCUCAGAAAUUCCCAGAAGGACUGAUUACGGGUUCCCUGCCUGCAUCUUGCCAGCAAGCCCUUCCUCCUGGUUCUGCCCGGAAACGACCCAGCCCCAAAGUGCCACCCCCACCGGCUGAGAAUAAGUGGAGAUUUACCCCAGAAGACCUAAAACAGAUAGAAUAUUACCUGGAAGAGGAGCAGGGUCCGACAGACAACCUCAGCCGGCUGAGCCACGCCAACGCCUCGGCCAGAGACGCCAAGGUCCCCGGCACCCGCAGCGCGCAGAACCUGUCCAGCGGGGGCCCUGCCAGCCACGCGAACCCCCGCUCUCAAGGCAGCGGCCACCUGCAAGGCAAACCCUGGAAGUAAAGACUCUGUCUGUCCCACUCAAAUAAAUGUUUUCUCUGCUUCCGGACCCCUGAGCAGUACCCCAGCUGGUCCUUUUCAGACCAGGACAUGUGAUAGGCCCCUGCCCUCUUCCUCUCCAGCUCCAGAAGGGUUUGUACACGAACCAGAGGCAGCACAGGCUCGUGUCCACCCGUCAUCCACACCAUAUUCACAUCUCUGGAACUGAGUAGGAAGAAAGGGUCUCUGGGGGUGGGGG